AUGCAGAAAAAAGGCUUUAAUGGGCACAGAGUUGAACGAGGCAAAGGAGGUCAAUUGAUUUGGACUUGGAAUGAUCCUAGUGAACAACUAGUUGAGCAUGACGUACGUGAGAUUCGUACUGGGAAAAGCAUUAAAAAGAUGUUUUGGGCCGCAUUUCGAUAUAAUAUGCGUACAAGCUUAGUUCCAUUAACCUCGGAUGGAUCAUCUCGUGGAGGUAUCACUGCGACAGUUAUACGCCAAACUUAUAUGAACCAGCUUCCAGAGUUACUUGAAAAUGGAGAUAUCUUUAUGCAAGAUAAUGCGCCUGUUCAUACAGCUCAUAUUAUUCGUGACUUGCUUCGAGAAAUGCAAGUUGAAGUGAUGAUUUGGCCACCAUAUUCGCCGGAUUUAAAUCCUAUCGAGAGUCUUUGGGCAAUUAUGAAAACAAUCAUCCGUCAAGAUCAUCCUGAGCUAGAAAAUGCACCGGAUAAUGAUACUACAUUAUACGCCUUAAUACAAGCAGGCAUAGAGGCAUGGGAAUCGAUUCAGGAGCGCGUACUUCGAAAUUUGAGCGACUCUAUGCCUCAUAGAGUACAGGCCGUACUGAACGCAGAUGGCUGGUAUACAAAAUAUUAG